AUGGAGAAUGGUAGCGCCGUGGAAGUGUCCCUGCCUUGGCUCUUCCCGUACCUCAUCAUUUUUGUCUUCGACUUGGACAUGAUCAAGUGCACAAUCUACGUGAUAAUCGUCACCUUGAAAUAUAGUCGUUUUGUAAAACUAACAAUCAACGUCCUGGUUCACAAUUCAAUCUGUGACUGCAUAACCUAUCAAAUCCCCGGUUAUUACAUUGGUUUCACCCCCGGAAAGGAGGCUAUUGCUGAAAAAUUUACGCUUCUGGACCACGGUAUGAAGGGUUUAAUGUAUAUUUUGCUAUUUGGCACUGAUAUCAUUAUCAUCAUGAAGCUUUACCAGACGCGCGCUCUGGGCAAAAAUCGGAGACGCCCAACCGAUAUUCAGCUGGUCACUGCAAAUCACCAUACAAAUAAUACCGCAAAAAUAACAGCUUUGGUUACACUUCCACCGAUUCCACGUAAGCAUCUACGCCUAAAAGUUACUUUGGACAUACGAUUGGCUGUUGCAUUUCUGUACAUAGCGAUCGUUAAUUCAUUACUUACCAUGUAUGUGGUUUGUAUAGCCAGCAUUCCGCCGGAAGCCAUCCUCUAUCUAAACGUCCUUAUCUACGACCUCGACCUGAGCAAGUGCACCAUCUAUGUCUUAAUCGUGGCCUUGAAA